AUGAAAGGAAGUGACGACAAGGAAGAGAAACAAGAUUCGCCCGGUCAAGCUGAGGGAUUCGAGGGACAGAAAGUUCGUACGAAAGAGCAAAAUGACUUUCUUGAUAACGUCAGGAAGAUGAUGAAUCCUGAUGCUAAGACUGAGUCUGGCGAGUCCACUGAAGUCGGCGAUAUUGGAGAAACAACGACUUUCGGAAAGGACGGGGAUGACAGCUCUUCGGACGAAGAGAAUGGUGAGAAGGCAUUUCCUGGCUUCGGCAGCCCAACAAAUAAAUCGUCUGAGGAUAAAGAAAAUAAAGAUGAAGAUGAGGAUAGCGAUGAGAAUGAGAAUGACGACGGGGAUGAUGGUCAAAUCUCGGUUGACUCAGAUGACAGCGACGCAAAGACACUCAAAACGGAUGACAUGAAUGAAGAGGAACAAAAAAUUUGGCAAGAACUCAAUUGCAACCGUGUUUACAGUGGAUACAUUUGCCAUGCUCUCGAGAAUGAGGAAGACCUCCAUAAAAUCAAUGCUCCAGGAGAGGAACUCAAGAAGAUUGACAGUAUCGAAUACCGUGUCACCAAAGCUAAGAAAGUUGAAGCCAGAGAGGGUGCAGAGGAUGACGCAGAAGACAAUGCUAGCGAUGAUAGCAAAAAAAUAGAAAGCGUCGAAGAAAUUCCAAAGGAGAAGUAUCUGAGCGAAGACUAUGACGACCUUGGACUACACGAGAUGUUGAAAGCAAACUUGAUGGCUUAUGGCUGGGAAGCACCUCUUCUUGUGCAGCGAGUGGGAAUGCGCCCGAUUCAAGAUCGCCAGGACAUCUUGAUCAAUGCUCAAACUGGAUCUGGAAAGACAGGAGCCUUCUUGAUCCCCAUUGUCAACUACAUUCUCAAGAACACGCGAAACAAGAAGUUUGCUAAAGAGAGAGAACGCGGCGAAACGAAUGAUGAGAUUCCUGGCGUCGGUGGAAUCAUGGGAAUCGACCCCCGCGCUCUUAUUCUGACUCCCACUCGCGAACUGGCUAUUCAAAUUGCCAAGGAAGCUGUCAAACUGACUCGGGGACUUGGACGUGAAAGCAUCAAAGUCUGCAACCUCUACGGCGGUACAAAGAGAUCAACUCAACGAUUCAACGCUUUUGGCGCGGAUAUCAUCGUUGGAACACCUGGACGUGUGAGAGAUAUCUUAUUUCCGGAUGUUGCCGGUAAUACUCGGCAACACUUUGACAGCUGCGAUUUCAUUGUGCUCGACGAAGCCGAUCGAAUGCUCGACGAUGGUUUCGGCGGGAUCAGUAUGGAUAUCAUCGAAAGAAUUACCUUGAAAAGGGGCGAACAAACGCACCCAAUCUCCAAGGUUUUGACUUCCGCAACAUUUCCUUCGGAAAUCCAGGCUUUCGCCAGAAAGUUUCUCCGACCUGGCUACUGGUACGCCCAGUGCGGAAUGCUCAAUGCUCCUAGCGCAACUGUGACCCAAGAAGUGGUCGAAAUCGGAGGCAUAAGCGAUAAAUACUCGAAGCUUGAUGAGGUCCUUGAGAGAUUCGUCGUCGGAGUGGAAGAUAGCCCUGCCAAGGCCUUGGUCUUUGCGAAUACGAAAAGAACAGUCGACUUCUUGGGAUGCAGACUCUCCGAGAAACUCAAACACAAAUGCAUCACCAUGCAUGGCGAUCGAUCUCAGCAACAACGAGAGUUCGCUCUUUGGACUUUCGCCACGAACAAAUGUCCAGUCUUGAUUGCGACCAAUGUGGCCGCUCGAGGACUCGACAUUCCCGCCGUUGACCUCGUCGUCAACUUUGACUGCUCCGACACAACUUGGCUUCACGACGAUUACAUCCACCGAAUCGGUCGAACUGGACGUGUUGGCCGACCGGGCACUGCAGUCACCUUCCUGCACAAGAAGGAUGCAGAAAAAGCUCGCAUUCUACUUAACAUCAUGAAGGGCGGGCAUGCCGAAAUUCCGGAUUGGAUUGAAGAGCUCGCCGAAGAGACCCCCGAAUCCGUCGAAGAUGACGACAAGAAGGACGACGCAUCGAGCGCUUCCGGCCGCCUCGCCAAGUCAACCAAGUCUGAAAAGUCUGAUUCUCCAACACCAAGCCUUGGUGAAGACGACACUGACGAGAAAGAACCAGUCUACGUUGGUUUCUAA